AGCUGGUAGGGCGUGGCUACGGAAGCCGGGCGGGCAUAUUUCGAACCGUGGCUGGGGCGGUGGUGGUGGCAGCGGCCGAGGAUGCACUCCGCGGGCUUGGCGACGGCGGGGACGCCCCGGCAGCGUAAGUGGCCCUCAAAGCGGAGAAUCCCUGUGUCCCAUCUGGGCAUGUCUGACCCCCACCAGCUUUUCGAUGACACGAGUUCCGCCCAGAGCCGGGGUUAUGGGGCCCAGCGGGAGCCCGGUGGCCUGGGCUACCCUACAGCCUCCGCCUCGCCCCAGGGGGCCUUCCUGAAUGAUCCCGUGUCCAACAUGGCCAUGGCCUAUGGGAGCAGCCUGGCCGCUCAAGGCAAGGAGCUGGUGGAUAAGAACAUCGACCGCUUCAUCCCUGUCACCAAGCUCAAGUAUUACUUUGCUGUGGACACCCUGUACGUGGGCAAAAAGCUGGGCCUGCUCUUCUUUCCCUACCUGCACCAGGACUGGGAGGUGCAGUACCAGCAGGACACGCCAGUGGCCCCCCGCUUUGACAUCAACGCUCCUGACCUCUACAUUCCAGCUAUGGCUUUUAUCACCUACAUCUUGGUGGCAGGCCUGGCCCUGGGGACCCAGGAGAGGUUCUCCCCAGACCUCCUGGGGCUGCAGGCCAGCUCGGCGUUGGCCUGGCUGACACUGGAGGUGCUGGCCAUCCUGCUCAGCCUCUACCUGGUCACUGCCAACACUGACCUCACCACCAUCGAUCUGGUUGCCUUUUUGGGCUACAAAUACGUUGGGAUGAUUGGCGGGGUCCUCAUGGGCCUGCUCUUUGGGAAGAUUGGCUACUACCUGGUGCUGGGCUGGUGCUGUGUAUCGAUCUUUGUGUUCAUGAUCCGAACGCUGCGUCUGAAGAUCCUGGCGGAGGCUGCGGCCGAGGGAGUCCCAGUGCGCGGGGCACGGAACCAGCUGCGCAUGUACCUGACCAUGGCCGUGGCCGCGGCGCAGCCUCUGCUCAUGUACUGGCUCACCUUCCACCUGGUGCGGUGAGGACAGUGGGGCCCGCCUCUAACUGCUUCUCCUGAAGGCUACCAGCUACCUGCCAGCUGCCAGCUACCGCCUGCCCGCCCACCACUUCUAUGGUCCAGACGUCCUCCUCCCCGGGCCAGAGACCCUCCUGCGUUCCACCUCCCGCCCGUCCCCCCCACCCCCCUACCCCCCCUUCGCCACCGGUGCUGAGAUCCCCAGCUGCACUAGCCGUCCCUCUGGCAGGCCGCAGCUGUUCCGGAAACAAUAAACCCUGGUGGGCUCAGUGUGGGUGGCCUCUCCUUGGUGGCUGUGCGUGAUUGCCCGGCAGGGGGCAGGCUAGUCUCGCAGGGAAGCGGGCGGGUGGGGCAGGUACAGUUCACAGCUGCCUGCAACCGAGGUCACCAGAAGGCCUAGAGAAGGUUUAAUGGGCCAAGCCCAGGCCCGUCGGUGAGAAGCCUUCUUCCCCUUUUUACCUUGGGCUUCUUGACCUUGCCCAGGCUGCUUCCCUGCGUUUCUGAGCCUGAAGAGGGGGACUGUGGGGCUAAGGGCAGUGGGGAUGAAAUAGGAGACCCCUUAGUAAAGGGGUUGCCCAGGUUUCGGGCUGGCCUCCUCCCCAGGCUGAGGUACUGGCAGCACUCGCUUAGGAGCGGCAAGCCAUCCACCUUUGCCUCCGUGUCUGAGUCGCUGGGGCUGCUGUCAGAACCUGAGGAACUGCUGGGGCUGUGCUAGGUGAAAGCAAAAGAGUGAGGCUGUGGGCACCCAAGUUGAGAGCCUGAGCUGGAAGCUCACCAAGGUCAAAAGCACCCCUAUUCCACCAUACUCCCUGCCCCCUGGAAUGUGCCCUGCCGAGAGGCGAUUCACCCUCGGGUUAGCUGCCCUUGCUUCUGAUAGACCCUGAACUGUGGGGAAGCUGCGCUUGGGGUCACUCACCUG